GUGGAGCUGAUGAGACGGAGACGGUGGAGCCUCAGACACAGGAGCUCACAGCGGGACUGGACUCUGGGCCUGUGGCUGACUCCAGCUGGUACCGCUGCACAGGGAGGAGAGGGACAGAGGGACAGAGAACAGAGGACAGAGGACAGAGGGACAGAGGCUGAAUGAAAACACCAACAUCCUCUUCACACGACCAGAGCCCCAAAUCAGCGACCCUUAAAGUCGGACACUGGGAGGAGAAAAGGAGCCCCAGGACUGGAGCUAAGACCCUAACAUCAGGCUAUGGCAGAUGCAGAGCUGGACUUUCAGACUGGUGAUGCCGGGGCAUCUGCCACUUAUCCCAUGCAGUGCUCUGCUCUGAGAAAGAAUGGUUUUGUUGUGCUGAAAGGAAGACCCUGUAAGAUCGUCGAGAUGUCUACCUCCAAAACCGGGAAGCACGGCCACGCCAAGGUGCAUUUGGUUGGAAUCGACAUUUUCUCUGGGAAAAAAUAUGAAGAUAUCUGCCCCUCCACCCACAACAUGGACGUGCCCCACAUAAAGAGGAUGGACUAUCAGUUGAUUGGGAUCCAAGAUGGCUACCUCUCUCUGCUCCAGGACAGUGGGGAGGUGAGGGAGGACCUGAAGAUUCCAGAGGGGGAUUUGGGCAAAGAGAUCGAGAGCAAGAACGAGGCUGGAGAAGAAAUCCUGAUAUCUGUUCUUAAUGCCAUGGAUGAAGAAGCUGCAGUCGGCAUCAAAGCCCUGGGUAAAUAAAACCCACAGGGACAAACCCGAUGCACUGGACCUGGGGCAAAGGAGGGGACUCAUCUAAAACUAUCUUCCCUCUUUUUCUCUUUUGUCUGUUUUUCAUACUAUUCCCCGUCUCCUGACCUGAUUUUUAUUUUAAAUUAGAGAUUAUUUAAUUAUUCAGUAAGAAAUCUAAGUAACUAUUCACUAUAAGAAACUCAAGGUGUAUAAUAAUAAUAAUACAUAGAAAAAACAAGACUCCUGCCUGAUUUAACAAGGGCUUCAAAACCACCUCCAGUUUUCUGUUCAGUUUGUGUAAUACUGUACUGUAAACGUCAGACUGCCUGGAAAAGUCAGACUGAAAGCCCCCAGAGAGGAGUCAGGUCUGGCCAGGCAAAGCGGACCGUCUGCGGGACACACAUCUCUCUGUUGUGCUUGUGCUACUUUCAUUAAACCGAGCUCACUAAGGCUGGACACGAAAGGUUUUGUUUUGGGCGGCUUCAGUGUGACUAAAUCAUGUUUUAAGACUCACCUUUCGUCAGAUUCGAUGAUAGAACUGUGAACGAGCCCUUUAGAAACUGAGGUGUGUUGUUGUCGUUUGGUAUCACUUCUAUUUGUUCAAAACACCAAACUGUUCAGAAUCUCAAUAAAUAAACAAAAGAAAUAAACAAUAAAACUGUUAAA